AUUUGUUGCAAAUUAAGUUAAUUUAUUUCAAUAUUCUAGAAUUGAAAAAUACGUUCAAUUUCGUUACAAAAAAGAACAUGGUUGUUUUUGCAUAGAAACAUUCAUUUUUUUUGUUGUUGAGAAAAAAUUGUGUUUAUAGCCAAGUCAAAUCAUAAACAUUUCCUAGGAAGAUAAGAUGGCGAGUCAACAGAUACUGAAAUUCCUGGCAGAUCAAAAUCGCCCUUUCAAUGCGAACGAUAUUGCGCAAAACGUCGAUAAAGAGUUCGGAAAAUCCGCGGUGCAAAAAGCUUUGGAUAAACUGGUAGGUCAGCAUAAGGUGAUGGUCAAGGCGUACGGUAAACAAAAUAUCUAUUGCAUCGUUCAAAGCGACGCGACAUCGGAUAUGCCAGAGCAAGUGAGACGUUUGAAUCGACAAAUAAACGAGAUGACGGCUGAACUUGAGAAAGGUGGCGAUCAAUUGAAGUUGACAAUGACCGAGUUGAAUAGAUUACAAGGGACGAAGUCUUUAGGCGAGGUUCGAUGCGAGUACAAGGAGCUGACCGCUCAAAUUGAAGCUUUGAAGGAGAAAUUGUCACAGUACGAUGAUGGAAAUGCAGAAACUGUUUCGGACGAGGAGCGCAAUGCCGUUUUGCAAGAGCGCGAGAAGAUUAUUAAGGAGUACAAGAAGCGGAAGAGGCUCUGCAUGGAUAUUGUUGACGCAAUCAUGGAGGGUUAUCCAAAAACUAAGAAACAAUUGAUGGAGGAAGUGGGCAUAGAGACCGACGAGGAAGCUGAAUUCAAAAUAAAGGAAUAAACGAUUA